CUUUUGAACCCAUCGUUCACUCACGAGCCAACACUAGCAAGCAGAGAAAACAAGUUGACGCGUGUGUGCAGGACAUUCGAUUAGAUGCCGUGGAAGCUGCCUGAACGACAAAAUACACAGAGAGAAUAGAAGAAAACUCUUCACAGUUGCGUUUCUGUCGACUGAGAGUGUUUGUUUUGUCUCAUUUCGAACGGCCCACACUCAUUGCGGGACAGUCACAUUGUCGCCGGCCGGCACGUGUGUGGAGGAUCAACCACAGCAGCUCCUCUUCACCGGGUGGAGAUUGUUUUUCUUUUUUGCAACAACUCUCAAUCUCCGCCAGUGCAACCUUCCAGCAGCGGUCAUGUCCGAGGUCUCUGCGGACUCUGUCCUCGCGCGACCGCCUCCGGUCCGAAUGGCGCUCAAAGAUAACCAAGAGAACCGAACUUUGCUCAUGGUGGCGAUGAUUCUGUUGGAUCUGAACAAAUGUCGGCCUGACGCCGUGCACAAGGACGACAAGGAGAAGCCGGUCGAGAGCAAGAGGAGGGCGGAGAAGGCGCAAGAGUCCUCCGAGAAGAGACACCGCUGCCCCUUUAGCGGCUGUGGCAAAAUGUACGGAAAGUCGUCCCACCUUAAAGCCCACUUGAGGGUGCAUACCGGCGAGCGUCCGUUCGAGUGCACCUGGCCAUCCUGCGGCAAGAAAUUCUCCCGCUCGGACGAGCUGACCCGCCACUACCGCACGCACACGGGCGAGAAGCGCUUCACCUGUCCGCUGUGCGACAAGUGCUUCAUGAGGAGCGACCACCUGACCAAGCAUGCCCGCCGCCACGCCGGCUUCCAUCCCAGCAUGCUGCUGGGCGCCAGCGCCGCCAAGAGACGCCGCAGCUCCGUCUCCGUGUCGUCGUCAGACUCCGGAGACCAAAGCCCUCAUGGGGUAUGAAACGGAGGCCGACACACACACACACACACACGGACACUUGUGUGCCGCCCCGCUACCACAAAGGUUCUCUCAGAGUCGUUUCCAUUCUAUACCAACGUGACAAGUAUUUAUACAAAAUUCUCUCGUCAGGUUGACCUAGUGUGUUUAUUUUGAAAUGAGUCAUAUAACAUCAAGCAGUGCAAUGGAAUGGUGCUUAUCCAUCUACAUUGUACUUCUGAGGUUCUGGCUUUGAAUCUUGUGUGGGGGUUAGCAUAGCUCGUAUCCCACAUUCCAAAAACCCGCAUGUUAGGUCCAUUCAAUUCUGUCUCUGUGCCCCGCUAACGGCCAGUGAUUUGUUUAUGGUGCGCCCCACCAGUCGCCCAAAGUUGUAUCGCUCUAUAGAAAAUGCUCUGUAGCGUUGUCACCUCUCACUAACAGUUUAGUAAUGUGGACAUGAGUCAGCUCCACGUCAUAACAGAAAGGGAAUAAAUGGUGUGUGUAUAUAUACACACACACACACAAGUUUGAGCAUUAAAUAUAAUGCGUAUAU